AUGAGCGCAGGUCGAAAGCAACUCGGUGCAAAUGAUUUGCGUGGAAAAGUUUUUGUUUCUUCUGGUAUGGGUGGAAUGUCCGGAGCACAAUGUAAAGCAGCACAGCUUCUUGGUUGUAUUGGAGUCAUUGCUGAAGUGAGUGAAGAAGCAGCACAGAAGCGACAUAGUCAAGGAUGGUGUCAAGAGUUGUUAUAUGAUAUUGAUAAAUUGAUUGAACGUAUAAGAGAAUGUCGAAAUAAACAAAUUGCAACGUCUAUUGGCUAUGUAGGAAACAUUGUCAAUAUCUGGGAACGCUUAGCAAUAGAGAAAGAAAUGCUCGUCGAUCUUGGCUCAGAUCAAACGUCGUGUCACAAUCCAUAUCAUGGAGGAUAUUAUCCGGUUCAAUUGUCAUAUGUUGAAGCACGAGAAUGUAUGAAAAAUGAACCUGAAAAAUUUAAAGAACUGGUGCACGAAAGUAUCAAACGACAAGUCAUCGCUAUUGAUAAAAUGCACGCACGUGGAAUGUACUUUUUUGAUUAUGGCAAUGCAUUUUUGCUCACGGCAAAGAGAGCAGGCGCAUCAGUUGGUGGCGAUAGUUCAUCAUCUUCUCACUGUCUUCGUUUUAAAUAUCCAUCGUAUGUACAAGACAUAAUGGGUGAUAUUUUUUCGCUAGGUUUUGGACCUUUUCGAUGGGUAUGUACGUCCGGCUUGGCAAAUGAUCUAGAAGUGACAGACAAGAUUGCAAGUGAAAUUAUUGAGCAACUCAUAUUAAAUAAUGACGUUCCUAAAAAUGUUGUUGAACAAUAUGAAAAUAAUCUUAGAUGGAUUCGAACAGCUGGCGACGCAAAACUGGUCGUUGGCUCUCAAGCUCGUAUUUUAUACUCGGAUCAGACAGGUCGUAUUCAAAUUGGAUUAGCAUUUAAUGAAGCUAUUCGAACGGGUCAAGUCAGGGGACCUAUAAUUCUGGCGAGAGAUCAUCAUGAUGUAUCGGGCACCGACUCACCUUUUCGCGAAACAUCGAAUAUCGAAGAUGGAUCUGCGUUUUGUGCAGACAUGUCCGUACAAAAUGUUAUUGGUGAUUCCUUCAGAGGUGCUACAUGGGUUGCUCUGCACAACGGUGGCGGAGUUGGUUUUGGAGAAGUAAUGAAUGGUGAACAGUUUUUCUUUUUUUCCUCUUUUGAUGAAUGCAAUACACUUGUCUUUUUAGGUGGAUUCGGUAUGUUUCUUGAUGGAAGUACAAAAGUAGAUGAGAAUAUUCGACAGAUGCUCUAUUGGGAUGUAAUCAAUGGUGUAAGCCGUCGAUCAUGGUCAGGCAAUAACAAUGCUCGACAAACAGUGGAGCGAGCCAUGGAAGCUGAAUCAAUGCUUAGAGUGACGAUGCCCAAUGAGUUGGCAGCUGAAUGCAUUGAAAAACUAUCGAUAUGA